AUGAAUUAUGACAUUGGUUCAAGUGAGUGUGACUCAGCUUUCUAUCUGUCUAGCGGGAUGUCGAUAGACGUAUCAAAGUACCCGCCUGCUCCUAAAAUAAUGUCUGGAUGGCAUGUAGGAGAGAAUGAACCACGGCAAAUUCUCGAAACAAACACAUGGGUAAGAUUGAUUUGGAAUGACUGUAACUUAAGAUGGAACGCAACUGAGACGGGUAUAAAGAACAUGGUGGUUCCGUUUAAAAAUAUCUGGGUGCCUGAUAUCACGCUAUAUGACAAUGCACAGAAUGAACUCGGUGGAUUGCCUGAUUUUCGACCAGACGUGUAUCCGGAUGGUACAGUCUACUACAAUUUUCCAAGCGUGAUCAAAAGUCUGUGUAAAGUUGACGUCACAUAUUUCCCAUUUGAUACUCAACAAUGUAAAAUGAAGUUUGGUUCCUGGUCCUCACAUGGUUUUGACGUCAACGUAUCGGAGAGGGUACCAGCUGGCGAUCCAUCAAUGUUUGUGGCCAAUGGUGAAUGGGAGCUUAUUGGACUUCCGUCGAUCCGCCACGAAAUUAUGUACGCAUGUUGUCCGCAACCGUAUCCAGAUGUAACAUUUUUCAUUCAGAUCAGGAGGAAGCCUCUGUUUUAUUUACUUAACCUGAUUUUCCCGUGCACACUUAUAUCAACUGUUGCCUUUCUUGGCUUCCUGUUGCCGCCAGAUUCAGGGGAGAAAAUCUCACUGGAGAUAACUGUACUUCUCUCCCUUGCCGUCUUCUUGUUGGUAGUAUCGGAAACAAUGCCACCAGAUUCCGAAACCUUCCCUUAUAUAGGUGUGUAUUUUGCCUGUGCAAUGCUCUUAGUCUCAAUGUCCUGCCUGAUGACAGUCACCGUCCUAAACCUACAUUUCAAAGGCAACUUCGGUAAGAAAAUGCCGAACUGGGUCCGCAAAGUCUUUCUACACUGCUUCGGGCGCAUUCUUCAUGUCAAGGUCACGGAGAAAGACGCAAGGACUGUACACGAACAUCGCAAUAAUGCUGACCGAUUUCAUGAAACGCAUGAAAAUGCUGGGUUUAAUGUCCACCCGGAGGAAUUCCGUACUGACUUGUCCAACCAUGAAAACAACAUAAACAAAAUACUGAAUGACCUUAACGAGACGAAUGGAAAACAAGUAAAUUUACCACCAGAGUUUGACUAUGACACUUCAAAUGAGCUCGUGAGAAUCUUAAAGCAGCAACUGGAUUGUCUGAAUAGUAUCAAAGCGCACAUAGAUGAGAAAAGGGAGCUGGAAGACACAAUGGAGGAUUGGAAGAAACUGGCACAGGUUGUGGACAGGAUUUUCAUGGUGUUGUUCUUCGCAUUUCAGUGCAUUACGACAUUAUUUAUAUUGCUGAGGAUUUCUACAACAGACAUUCCCAUGGAAAUUGAAUAGAUAAGGGGAAAUCCAGGCGACGGAAUGUUAUAUAAAUGAACAAAGUGCAUUGGUAUUGUUCGGUUGAUAUAUGUAAAUAAAUUAAUAGUUGUUUUUUAUUUAAAUAGCAUAUAUAACAGCAGUAAAUGAAGGGGAACGUUUUGCUAUUUCUUAUUAUGUAAUGUUUGAAAGGAGCACAUAAUACGAGAGAGGACAUAUCGGAAAUGAAAGUAGCCUUUGACAGUCAGGGAGACUAGUUUACAAUAAGACUGGUACGUGUAUUGACAGACUAAUUGGUCUUUGAUUCCUAUGCUGGGAUAUGGAGUGAAAUACGUAUAUAAGAUACUGUAAUUGCAGCAGAGUUCUUCGGUAUAUGUCGGUCUGGACAUAUUUUAAAAGUGCUACUCUAAGAGAUAUGGUUAUCAUUCACUAUGUGCUAACGUUUACUUCACGUUUGUUUUCUAGUCCAUAUUUAUAAGUGUUAUCUUACACAUUUAGGAAAGUCAUGCAAGAAAGUGCCAUAUGUUGUUUUUUUCUGCAUAAUUUUAUAAUCUCUGUCAAUUAUAUUAUGUUAGAUUCAUGAAUAGUGCACUGUGCAGUGCAUACACUCCUCUUUAAAGCAAAAACAAUAUUUAUAGGGAUUGACUGUCAUAUUUGGAAACAAGUAAUGUCAACACUCUUCGUUGUGUAUAUGUAAAUUAAUUGUGUUCAGCAUUCUAAAAUAUCAGGUUAUUGUAAAGUUACUCAGCGCCGCUAUCAUGUUACUCAUUAUAACAAUUUUGAUUACACUGAAAUGACUGACGGUGGUGGUUUUAAAUUACUAUACAGAUUUCAUUCUACAGUCAUUUUCUUAUAUUAUUCUAAAGCUUAUUCGUAUAUUUGUACCUUACAUAUGUACACACUCAGUAUUUCGCAGGGAAAUUAAAAAUACAUUUAUGCAGUGUGAAAAGUAACCAUUCUAACCAAUGGAAAUGUGUUUAUCUAUGGAGUUUACUAAUUAACUAAUUAUGUAAAUACUAUAAAACUUGAAAUUGGUCAUACCACUGAAUUUUAUAUUCACAUAGUUACAUUUUUUGCAAAAUGUGUUUUUAAGUGAUUUUUUCAUGAACGCGCAAUCACUAUAUAGCUGUUACUAUAAACCUACCACACAUUACUGUUUCUACACAAACAUGUUAAUAUUAUUUUUGCAUAGAUGCUGGAAGUUAUUCUUUAUAUUUUCAAACAUAAUUUGGGUCAAAUAUAUCUUUAAACAUUUUAGGACUCGUACAGCAUUUGUGUUUAAUAUAUAUUUGUCUAAACUAUAUUAAACUCUGUACAAACAAAGCUAUAUUGUAGAUAUGUAUAUAACAAAAGGGACAUUAAAGCAGUACCCUGACUUGCAAUAAUGCAUUAGAUUGGGACCCAUGCCUGUAAAAAUAUAUGUUAUUCAAAUAUGAAUCAAAUCAGUAUCUAAAUGACAACAGUUUUUUGACUACUAUUCGACAAACACAGCAAUUCCGCUCAUUAGAGGUAAAGGAAUGGGUAAAUAAUCCCAAUAGAAUAUCAUCUGCAUUGUUAUCACAUGUAUAAUAUGAAUUAGAUAUUUUUAGAUAAACAAUAAAUAGUAUACAGUU